AUGUAUCGGCAAAUUUGGAUACAUCCGGACGAUCGACAAUAUCAGAAAUUUUUCUGGAUACACAACAACAAAAUUACCACCUUCCAACUCAACACGGUCACGUUCGGAAUAUCCUCCGCUCCAUUCCUCGCUAUCCGGUCAAUUCAACAACUCGCGAUCGAUGAAAGAGAGACAUUUCCAGUCGCCGCGGAAAUCUUACGCCGAGAUCUAUACGUAGACGAUCUGUUAACGGGGGCCAACGACUUAGAAAUGCUCAAACGAAUACGCGACGAAAUUAUAUCGAUAUUGAGGCGCGGCGGUUUCAAUAUACGUCAGUGGGCAUCGAACCACCCACAAGCGCUGGAAGGCUUGAACGAACGAACAAUAGACGUAGAAUUUCUUACGAAGGAAGAUCCGAUCCUAAAAACUCUCGGAAUUUCGUGGAACGCGCGCCGCGACGAAUUUUUAUACAACGUCAAGCACAUUAAACCUAUCUCGCGGGUGUCUAAGCGGCAUAUACUAUCGGAAAUCGCUAAAAUAUUCGAUCCGUUAGGGCUGCUCGGGCCCAUCAUUCUCGCGUCAAAAAUGUUAAUGCAGGAAUGUUGGAAGGCGCAAAUCUCGUGGGAUGAAUCUGUACCCACCGUUUUGCAUUCGUCAUGGCUGUCAUUUACAGAACAGCUAAAUAUGAUCGACGGACUAACUAUUCCGCGUCAAUUAAUAAUUAAUAAUCCCAAAAGCGUGCAGGUACACGGUUUUUGCGACGCUAGCAAGAUAGGAUACGGCGCCUGCUUAUACGUACGGUCCUGCGACGAACAGGGCAACACCCUCGUGCGGUUAUGGUGCUCUAAGACACGCGUGGCCCCCCUUAAAGAAACACAAUUCCGCGACUUGAAUUGUGCGGGGCCUUAA